AUGCCGACGCCCAGACGAUCUUCUCAGCGGACUCGCCGGAACUCCUGGCGCAAGGAGACCACCGUCGAUCUUCCAGACUCUUCGCCAUCGCGACCUGCAAAGCGAAGAAAGCAGGCGACCGACGAAUCCCCGCGCGACAUCCCAGAAGAAGAACCGUCCAGCCUGCUGGCCGACAGCUCUGCCAUCAACCCGACCGACGAGACCCAGAUCGUGACCCGUGUCGCCCAGCACCUCCUCUCUCCACACGAAGAUCCCGUCCGUGCCAGCAAAGACCAUUCCAACGCCAUACAUGAGGCCAAUAAGGAGGGCGUUCAGGCGUAUGCCAAGAUUGCCGCACAGGACUGGACUUUCUACGUCACCAAGCUCACCGUCAACAUCGGCCGCACAUCAGAGCCGCCGCCCGAGUAUCCGAAGUUGUACGAUCCCGAUGGCGAUCCCGAGUUUGUCCACAUCGAUCUCGGACCAAGCAAGAUGGUCUCGCGCCAGCAUGCCCAGAUCGUCUUCAACACGAAGAGCGAAAAGUGGUUCGUCCACGUCAAGGGCCGAAACGGGGUGAAGGUCAACAACAUGCCCUGGCGGCUGGGCCAGUCGAAGCCUCUCGGCAGCGGCGACGUCAUCGAGGUUGGCGGCGUGGAGAUGAUGUUUGUCCUCCCGCUCGAGACGAGUCCCUUGAACAUCAACGACAUCUACCUCCAACGAGCCGGUUUUCCCAAGUCCGAACGCGAACCGUCGCAUCUCGAAGAAACACCCUCUCGGCCACGGCUGCGUGCAACCACUCCACAGGCUGCGGUCGAGUCGUCUCCGCGCGGCUCCACGAUGCGGAGUGCCCUUCCCCGUGGCCAGCCAACUCCGCAGCCAAUAGCCCCGGCACCGCCGGACUACAAACGACCAGGGACUCCACCUUCUGCUCGCAGCCGCAUUUCCGUGCCCGGUUCCCACCUGAGGUCGCCCCAGUUUCGGGACAUCCCAACCAUGGUUGUCCAUCCAAGCGAUGUGGAUCUCAGCCUGGACGAAAACAAAAACAUGAAGCCGCAGUACAGCUAUGCCCAGAUGAUCACACAGGCCAUCAUGAACACCUCAGACGGGAAGCUCAACCUAAAUGGAAUCUACAAUUUCAUCAUGGACAACUACUCCUACUACAAGCACCAGCAGGCUGCCGGUUGGCAGAACUCCAUUCGCCACAACCUGUCUCUCAACAAAGCGUUUGAGAAGGUGGCACGGUCGACCGAAGAGCCCGGGAAAGGCAUGAAGUGGUACAUCUUGCCCGAGUACAAGGACGAAAUGGUCCGCACAGCCUAUCGAGGAGGACGUGGUGGCCACCGGGGGUCCUCAAACCCGUCGUCGCCGAGCCAGCUGAACUACGUGAACCAGGGCCCGAGAGACAUGGCUGCCAGGGAUCUGGGAUCUGCACGAAAGCGGAGAGUCUCACCGUCCGGGUCGCCGCAGCCUCGAUCCACCUUGCGCGAUAUGCACUUGACACCAGACCGAAGUUCGCGGCGACUGCUGCCCGACGAAGCCCCGGCAUCGUCCGACGGAAGCCCCCUCCCUCGAUACCGAAGGGGCGCUGCCGCAAAAAGUGCCAGCAACAAUGGCGGUAAUGCGGCGACGGCAGCGGCAGACGGAUCCGCCCUCUCGACGGCCUCCGAAUCGGUACCACGAUCGCCCAUUUUGACGUCGGCGUUCCUGCAGGACGACACCGUCUCGUCUUUUGUCACGCCGGCACCGCAUCGCGUUGAGCUGAAGCUGAACCCUCCGAGCACACUGCAACGGCCCAGCCAGCACAUGCCGACCAGCUCGCCGGCGCCUUUCUGGAAGUACGCCGACAUCGGCAGCACACCGCUGAAGUCAGCGGUGGCCUUCGAUUUCAGCCCUUCCAAAACGACACAGAGAGGCAGAGGUGGCAGUGGCGCGCUGCCGGCGAGCAGCAGCCCACCGCCUGCGGCAACAAGAACAAAGUCACCGUCAUCCAGUCCGUCAAGACCGAGCCGAACCAUCGUGCCAGAACCAGCAGCAGAGCUGAAGGAGGCCGAAUCGGCAACGAAUACGACAGACUCGGAAACCGUCACGGACACAGCAGCUGCCCUUCCUGUUCAAGCAGUCGACGUCGAGGAGGACGGCGGCUUUGACCUGACUAAGGGCUUUCAAAGCAUAGGCUCAUAUCAUGCUCCAGUCCGGCACGGCCUGCCUGUUGCAACGGCCAUGAAUGGGAAUCAGUGA